CCUGCCCAUCACACGCCACUCACGCACUUAUACACACAUCAGCAGGCAGUGCAGUCACUUGACAUCGACAGAAUGAUGAGAUCAGAGCGCACACGCACCAGUGCAGACAGCGAAACACCCAGGUCAGGUCAAGUCAAAUCGUGUCAGCGCUCGACGCACCGACGUCUAAGCAAAGCACUGAAAUGAACAAAAACUAACGUACGAAUGUUCAGGCUAUGCAGGAAGAGAGCUGUUUGUUUCAUUCGCACACAACGAAGAGCAGACCCAGGGGACUAGGCUGCGGGAGGCAGUGAGUGGCGAGGCGCUGCCGGCCGCCCAGUGAAUGAAUCAACGAAGGCCUACCUACACCUACACAUCACUCUCACCGACCAGGCCGGAGCACAGGACAGUAAGUACAGCACAGUAGACCAACAUGCACAUACCGAUACACAUACGCCGAACAGACAGCAGGCAGCCAGGCAGCCAGCCAGGCCGUCUUUCCCCCGCCAAGGGAAGGGGGGCGCUGCCAGCUUGGGUGGGUGAGGGAGUGGCAGAGAUGUAGCUCGGGCAGCAGGUGGGCAUGGGGGAAUGGCUGGCAGCAGCAGUGAUCGUGAUGCCUUGAAGGCUCCCCAUUCGUCAACAGAAAAGAGUGGAUGACCAAGUUGGGGAUCAGAGAGAGCCUUGUUUGGUCAGGUGAGAGAGGGAAAGAAGCAGACGAGGGAAAGAAGCAGACAGAUCCCUAAGCAGAUCCCUAAGCUGAGGGUAAGCAACCCUGAACUACCCUCAACCCUAAGCCCUAAUGUCUGCCUCCGCUGCGUUUGGCUGCUUCGAGGAUAUAUUUCUCUCUAUUGCACUCUAUAUUGUCAUGCAAGUGUUCUGUGUCAGUCGGGCCACACACGUGCGUACACAUCAGGGCAGGAGAACGACUAACACACAGGUAGAGCCACACUCACUAUUCAUUACAGUCAGUCCAACACCGCACACACACUUCAGCAAAGAAACACAGCCACACACACACCAAUACACACACAGGGGCACCAGCAGUGUGCCGGCAGAUCAGCUACACUUAAGAUGUCAAGGCAGGACAGACGCACAGGCAGACACACAGACAGACAUCCAAACACGGCACAUCACAUGCACCACACCAGACAGCACACCGACACAUGGACAGGCUCACCACAGACACACGGGCACACACAUGCAGUCACGUCAGCCACACACAGGCAGGCAGGCAGGCAGGCCAUGUCGACACAUUCCAAAUCACAGUAUGUAACAACACCAUCCAUAAAUCACGAGAGAGAACAGGCCAACACACACGCAGUGUGCGCAGCAGGGCAGACAGCCAGCCCGACCAGAAGUCGUUACUACCAGAGAGAGACUAGUUCCGUUGCGCACAUACAGCCACACACAUACAGGCAGCCACACGCACAUCACAUAGGCAGGCACACGCAGCACACACUGUGGCUACUCUAUGGGUGACCACACAACGACCCAUCACGCCACACCACCGAUUUAGCUACUUGUCCUUCUUCCCGCCGUAUUCGGCGGGUCGGACAGCAUAGAAAAUGGCGGCUGCCAGCGCCGCGCCGACGAGCGGUGCGGCAAGGUAGAGGCCGAUGUAGUCCCAAUGGCGGCCCUCGCUCUCCAUUGUCAAAACGUGUGUGAUUGUGACGCCGAACGAGACGGCGGGGUUGAGUGAGCAGCCACUCACGCCCCCAAUGGCGAUGGCCGCCGACCCCACGGUGCUGCCGAUGGCCAGGCCGAAGUAGUGGUUGGGUGUGUCCUGAUUGGUCGUCGCCACGUUGAGGAUCACGAGACACAGGGCACACGUGUACAGGAUCUCCACCAGGCAGGCCGACAU